AGUCCCUCCCACACAGAGGAACACACUCAUACUCAUACACACCACACACACACAGAACGCGGGGAGAUACACUGGUGUGUGUUCACCUGAAUGCUUCACCUCCUUCACUAUGACCCUUACUGGAUUAUCAGACAGGGACUGAACAGCAGGCAAACCUUCAUUAACGCUUUCACAUUUUGAGGGCCAACCUCGUCCAGAUGUUUAAACAUGCUAAACACACCAGGACUUUGCUCCCGACUAAGAUUAUAUUGGAUAUACCUUGUGACUAGUGUUGGACUAUAGAACGAGUCAUGGAGGCUUUGUCCAUGGUCACGCAGGAGGGACAACCAACCUCGUCAAUUACACCACCUUGCAAAAUGACCUUUUCAGUACCAAAGCUUGAAACGGACAAGAAUGGAGAUAUCCAUACGGCUUUGAGAAACACCUGCGUUAAUGAGGUGUCUCAGGAAAAUGAGAUCUGCAGCGAGGAAUGGUUCUGCCAAACCGAUGUAGCGUUGAAACGAUGUUGCUCGUUCAACCAAAAGGUUGGAAAUAUUUAUUCUCUAACAAAAGAACAAGUCUUUGUUUCACAAGAUAACAAUCUGAAAAUGAGAUCUACUCCAGAUUUUCCCAAGCCAACACCAGAAAACAUCAGCAAAACUGGAACUUCUGAAAUCGACAAGAGUCGUGAUAGAUGGGAAGUGGAAGGUCGAUCUGAAGAUAAUAUAAAUGGAUCCUACCAAAGCAGUUGUCCAUCACCAGAGGACGAUAACAAACUAUUUGCCUCAGAUGUUCACCUAGUAAAUAGUCAUUUUCAAGACACGGUAGCUCCAUCCAAAGAGCUUGCUGAUUCCAAGUUACACAACACUUCUCCCUGCCCUCCACUAGUUCCAUUCCCAGAGAGCUGCAGCACAUCUACAAAACCCCUUUCCAAAGGAGGUGCAGAACGUCGCCGAAUCAUCAAACACAAGCCAAGUUCUAUCACUUUUGCAGAUUACAACUGUACAUCAGGUCUCAAUCAAGGGAUUCAUGAGAGUUCUGACUGUGGCGAGUCCUCCUCUGAAGAGAAUGAGGAUGAUGAUGAUGAUGAUGAUGAUGUCUUUACAGAGAUGACUCAGAUCAAGGAGAUUUUCCUGGCAGCAGACACAGGAGAGCUGUACGACGGAAAGGAAUUGGUGCAGGAGGAAGUGAAGAUGGAGAACUAGACCCUGAUGUCAGGUUCAGUCCCUCCACUGGCUAUGAGGCUGAUAAGGAGAACAGCAGCAGGGAGGAAUCUCCUCUUGUCCUACUGUCUCCCUGGUCUGAAUCCAUGAACCAACUCAUGAAGAAACUGGACCAGCUCAAUCUGGACAUCGAGGAAGCCCUGAGCGCUAGUUCCUCCCCUUCAGACACACCCUGCACCACCCGGAGACAGCCAAUCAAUAAUAAAGAUUUUUACCAGAGCGUGACAGCGUGGGGAACGGAGGGAAACCAAACCCUGAACAAUAACAAGAUUGCUACAGGACCAAGCUGGAAGGAAUGCCAUGGUCAGGACAUCUUCUUACCUAACUCUUCCUCUGUGACCAGGGCACGUCCCAGAAAGACAGAGAUGUCCGCAAAGAGAAGGCACUGUGGAGCAGAGAUCGAAGCAAAGGAAGCUUGUGAGUGGCUCCGAGCUGCCGGUUUCCCGCAGUACGUGCAGCUUUUUGAAGAUUCACAGUUCCCUAUCGACAUCACGCCUGUGAAGAAAGAUCACGACUUCCUGGAUAAAGACCUCGUAGAGCCUUUAUGCAGGCGACUCAACACGUUAAACAAGUGUGCCUCGAUGAAACUGGAUGUGAAUCUUCCCAAAAAGAAGAGUGAAGACUCGGACUCAGAUGACCUGUUUGCUAUUAGCGACAAAUGGACUUUUGAAUGGAGCAGCCGUCGCUGGUCCCGUCUCCUUGAUGAGGCGGGACCCAGGGAGCCAGGGGAGGAGUCAGUCCUCCGGGCCACACCCAGCAGUGAGAGCGUUCUGACAGACCUGAGCGAGCCCGACGUCUCGUCCUUGCACAGUGAAAGUAGCAGUGGAAGCGCAGGACUUCGAGCUCACAGUGCGGAUGACUCAGAUAGCUCGCGCCGUGCCUGCUCCGACUCAAGCGCAAUGCCCAAGUUAGGGAUAGCCCAUCAUUCCUCGGAGCAUCCUUGCUUCUCCUCACUUCCUGUCAAGCAUGGCAAGAUGGGUCGGAGUCGGGCUAAGGACUUCCUGCGGCGCAUGGAGACUCUGAGGUCGCGUGAACCAGAGGAAAAUGGACAUAGGACUUUGGUGAUCAGUGCUCCCAUUCUACAGCAAGAACCUCGAACCUUGAAGGCUCUUGAGUGUGUGGAGAUUAAUGGCCAUGGUGUGUUGAGUUCACAUUCGAGCAGUGAAGGUAGCAGCAGCCAAUCCGGUGAUAGUACUGUCAGUACUCCAAGCCUGAAGGAACGUAAAGUCCACCGUGCUGAGCACAAGCGCAGUGGCAUGUAUCUGGAUGACCUGGACGUUUUCUCCACCAUCGUUCAGGGUAAACGCAAUGAAUUCCGCUCUUACGAAGACCUAGUAGUGCACAUCCCAAAAGACCACAAGCCUGGAACUUUCCCAAAAGCUCUUUCCAUUGAGAGUCUCUCACCCACAGCAGCACCUCUCAGCAGGGUUCCUGAAACCCAACGUCCACCCAUCGUAAAAGAGCACAGGCCCGUUACACAGUGCUGCUCACGUGGCAGCAGGGUCAGCAUCUACGACAAUGUGCCCGGCUCACAUCUCUACGCCAGCACCGGGGACCUGAUCGAUUUGGAAAAAGAGGACUUGUUUCCACAUUUGGAUGAUAUCCUGCAGCAUGUGAAUGGUCUGCAACAGAUUGUGGCUCACUGGUCCAAGAACGUUCUGCCUACAGGAGAGAGUGUGGAAAAAGGCAAGGUGGAGCAGGAUGGGAAAGGCCAGGGGAACGUACAGUCCUCUAGUCAAAUCACGCUGGAUUUAGAGGGACACUCAGUGUUGGAAGGCCAGGUUACACCCAGUGAUGGGGACAGAGAUGGUGUUUCACUCAAUGAAACUGAAUCUACAGGAAUUCGAGAGAGGAGAGACUCUGGGGUCGGGGCAUCACUCACCAGGCCAAACCGUUUGCGAUGGCCAAGUUUCCAGAUCUCCAACCGCCUCAGCCAUUCAGUGGCUUCACUACAGAUCACCAACCAAUCAGCAGGACAGCUCAGCCUGUUGCAGAAGUUCUCUCUACUGCGCCUCACAGCCAUCAUGGAGAAGUACUCACUGUCUAACAAGCAUGGCUGGACCUGGUCAGUUCCAAAGUUCAUGAAACGGAUGAAGGUUCCUGAUUAUAAGGAUAAGAACGUGUUUGGUGUUCCUCUCAUAGUGCACGUCCAGCGUUUCGGGCAGCCUCUACCUCUGGGCCUCCAGCAGGCUCUCCGCUACCUCAGGAGCCAGUGUCUUGACCAGGUGGGUCUCUUCCGCAAGUCCGGGGUGAAAUCUCGCAUCCAGGCUCUCAGGCAAAUGAACGAAAGCUCUCCGGAGGACGUGAAUUACGAAGACCAGUCCGCCUACGAUGUGGCCGACAUGGUCAAGCAGUUCUUCAGAGAUCUUCCCGAGCCACUCCUCACCAGCAAACUGGGAGAAACCUUCCUCCAUAUUUACCAGUAUGUGCCUAAGGACCAGCGGUUACAGGCGAUCCAGGCUGCCAUAAUGCUGAUGUCCGAUGAGAACCGAGAGGUCCUCCAAACCUUGCUGUGCUUUCUAAGCGAUGUCACUUCCUCUGUACAGGAGAAUCAGAUGACACCCAUGAAUAUCGCUGUGUGCUUAGCGCCCUCACUUUUCCACCUCAAUAUCCUGAAGAAGGAAAACCUCUCUCCAAGAACCAUGCAGAAGAAAUACGCCACUGGAAGACCUGACCAAAAGGACCUAAAUGAGAACCUGGCUGCCACUCAGGGCUUGGCACAUAUGAUCACAGAAUGUAACCGGCUAUUUGAGAUUCCUCAUGAGAUGGUCACGCAGUCGCGGAACUCGUAUAUAGAGGCUGACCUGCAGGCCCCGACGCUGGAGGACCUGUGUAAGCAGGAGCAGCACGAAGAAGGGGAGGAGGACGAAGGCUCAUGGCCUGUGCACUUAGAUUCCCGACUUCAGGUCCUGCGCAAGGAAGCGCGGGACAAAGCCAAAGGCUGGGUGUCGUGCCAAAGCUCCGAUAACACAGAGCUCGCAUACAAGAAGGUUGGUGAUGGAAACCCUUUGAGGCGCUGGCGUGUCUCAGUGGAAGUUGAAGCUCCUCCGUCGGUGGUCCUAAAUCGAGUACUGCGAGAGCGCCACCUGUGGGAUGUAGAUCUGCUGCAGUGGAGAGUAUGUGAAGUGCUGGACAAACAGACGGAGGUCUUCCGAUACGUCCUGAACCGCAUGCCCCCUCACCCGAGCAGGGACUUUGUAGUGCUCAGGUCAUGGAGGACAGAUUUACCUCGGGGCGUGCUCCUAGUAUCCGUCUCCAUCGAGCAUGACGAGAGUCCUCUCGCAGGUGGCGUGAGGGGAGUCGUGCUCGAGUCUGGAUACCUGCUGGAGCCCUGCGGCUCGGGCAAGUCGCGGCUCACACACAUCUGCAGAGUAGACCUCAAAGGCAGAACUCCAGAAUGGUACAACAAAGCAUUCGGACACCUGUGUGCCGCCGAAGCCGCCCGGAUCCGCAACUCCUUCCAGCCCAUACAUGCAGACGGACCAGAAACAAAAAUCUGAGUCUCGUGACGCCUUUCUGCAUGUAUUCAAAUCUCUGCGAGCGACAUCCGAGGCCCCUCGAUGGGCAUCCAAGCCCCUCCAAGGACACUCAAUGCUGUGACUUAAAGUAUAUCAAAACAAAUCAGUGUCCGGCUUGUGUACAUUAGCGUUCUUGUUGUUUGUUUGUUUGUAAUAUUGUAUUAUUUGUAAUUAUCAUUAUUUCUAUUUUAAUUAAUUCUAUUGGUACAUAUUUGCUGUGCACAUAAUCUUAUACAAUGUAUACAACAUCUAAGCUCUUAAAUGCUUCUGGGAAGCAUGUACGUCUUUUUUUUUUAUUCAAAGCUAUAAUUGGUCACACAUGCUGCACAAUCACAUGUGUGUUCUUGUAUUCUGUGUUAGUGUAUAUAUGUGUGUGUGUGUGUGUGUGUGUGUCUCGUUCACAUGAAUACAGACACGUGACCUGUACAGAGCGUAUUUUAUCAAAAGGCUCAUGUAGUCCAAGCAUUUGACCGUUCAAUCUCGCGAUAUCUCCAUUUGCACUGAUAUCUGCGUGAUUUAUAUGGUACAAAAUGUUACUCAGAUGUAAGCUGGUUUUACUUUUGCCUUUUCCCUUUGUCUGAGAAAAUUGGGUGUUAUUUUAUUGUAUUUUAUUUUAACUUUGUGGAAAAAAUGAAAUGAAAAAAAAAAAACAAAAGGAUGACUUGGGUUUGAUUUUUCUCAGACCUGCUCUUGUAGUACUGGAUUACGUAGAGGACAAGUCAGAGACGAUGUCUUUUUAAUAAACUAUAUCUAAAUUAAUUCUAA